AUGGAUAGUGAAACCCAAUUUGGCGAAUUUCCAUCAAUGGUUGCUAUAUUCAAAGAAGAAUUAUCGGAAGGCUGUAAAAAAAAGCUUGUGUUUCGUUGCAGUGGUUCAUUAAUCAAAAAAAAUGUGAUUUUAACAGUAGCUCAUUGCGUUGUUUGGUUAGAUAUCUCAACAUUGAUCGUUCGUGCAGGUGAAUGGGAUUUAGAAACAGAUAAAGAAAUACUUAACCACCAAGAUCGUAGGGUAACAAAAGUUCUUCAUCCUAUUAAUUACAAAGGAGAUUUUUAUAAUGACUUUGCUUUAGUUUUCACCAAAUAUUCCUUUUCGUUACAAGAUAACAUCCAACUCAUAUGCUUACCUUCGGAAGAUGAUAUCAUUAUAAAAGAUAAAUGUUACACAAGUGGUUGGUCUAAAACUGUUUCUUACAAUAAAUAUACUAUUGUUAAGGAAACAGAAUCAGGAAAAACUAAAGAAACUGGCCAGUAUAAAGUCAGUAUAUUAAAAAAGUAUGGACUUACAAUGAUUCCUCAGAAAAAAUGCUCAAUCCCUUUAAAUGGACCACAAUUUGUAUUGCAUGAUAGUUACAUAUGUGUCGAUGGUAUAAAAGACAUGUGUAGAAACGAUAACGGCAGUCCAUAUAUGUGUCCAUACAAAGAUGACCCAGAUCGUUUAGUACAAGUUGGUAUCGUUGUCCAUUGCGGUAAGGCAAACACACCAGGGACUUAUAUUAACGUCGUCAGUUUCAUGCCAUGGAUUAAGAAUACAAUAUACAAUAGACCAUAUUGA